GACCCUGAUUACUGGUUGCCAGUCAAAGGUUAAACAUGGAGACGUGUACACGUGUUUUACUCGUCCUCGCGCUUGUAUUCGUAACUGUUUGUGCCGAAAGAAUCGUUACAGAAAAUGACGAUAAAGGUGUAACGAAAAAACCUGCCAGCCGUUUGGUGCGCCCUUUUGUAUACAAUGCCAGGGAUGCUUGGCAAACGUUUCUAAAAAAUGCAGAAAGGGAAGAAAAAAAGGCUAAAAAGCAAAAAAAUCGAUUAAGGAAUGCUCGAAUUCGUCAGAUGCAGACAGGUCUUCCGGGUCCCAGGGGUCCUAGGGGACCACCCGGACCACCCGGUGGUCAAGUGACAAAAGAAGAAUUAGUGAAAAUAUUCGGCGAAAUGGUAAAAGAUGCAGCCGAAAAGAAAUUUCAAAUAACCAUCGACCCACAGUGCACUAAAGAAUAUUCUGAAGUACAAAAGACUAAAUCCGGGGGACAACAAUUGCAACCACCCUUGUUUGACGUGGAUCACGUGACGAUCACACCUAAAGUGUCGUGGAGUUUCCUGUGGCAAUUAAAAGAAAACGUGUGGAUCGGUUCUAACACCAUAAACGAGAUUUCUAAUUACUAUAAGCCAAUUGCAAAGGGUAGCCACGAUCGUUGCCAAAGUUUCGUGUCAGCCGAAGAGAGUUUCAAUUGUCAAAAUAACAGUUGGCUCGACACUGGAAGAUACGAACUACAGAAAAGUGGGUUCUAUACCUUUUAUGUCAGCUUUCAUUUUAACAAAAAUAAUUCGUGCGAAAUUCGACCCUUCGACUCUAUAGAAGUGUUAUUGUGUAUUAAUUCUCAGUGCGAAGAGAAUGUAUCACUCAAGACCAUAACGGAUGUAAAAAAUUCGCCAUUUACAGUCUCCAUUAAUGGGAUUUUACACUUAAAGAAGAAGCAAUACGUCUCCAUUUAUGUAAACAACAACUCGAAGUGUUCCGUGAAGAUCUUCAGAAACUCUCAAGUAACCGGUUUUCUCACCGGUUAUUAG